CGCCGAUACAAGCACUCCUCCAAGCACUCGUCCUGCCCUCCCUCUCGAUUGCUUGCGACCAUGCUCUCUUGUCUUUCCGCCCUCCGUCCGCUGGCUCGCCAGGCGGCCAGCAUGCGCGGCCCCGUGCCUGCCGCCAUGCGCCUUGGCGUUGCUCCGCGUGCCUCGGUCGCCACCGGCCUGCGGCAUUACUCCAUCAAGGAGAACUUCGGCUACACCAUGUCGGUGGAGGACUCCCAGGCGGCGGUGAACGUCAACAUCCCGACCCUGGAGGAGGUCCCUCUGCCGAAGCUGGAUCCCCACCGCCUGCGCAUGCUCGGCCGCACGACCAAGGUCUCCGUCAUGUCCCCGGCCCAUCAGAACCUGCGGGAGCGCAUCCAGAAGGAGCUCCAGCCUGGUGGUGCGCUGGCUCGCGGUGAGCCGGACUUCUCCCUGGAGCAGGUGGCCAACCUGCGUCGGGUGCGUGGGUCGCCUAAGAAGCACGCCGAGGUGGCGCGCCUGGUCAGCGGCAUGUUCGUGCAUGAGGCUGUCCGGCAGCUGAUGUUCACCAAGCGCCGGGUUGCGCGCAAGUACCUUUCGGCGGUGCGCGGCGCCGCCGACUCGGCCAUCAAGAAGGGCAUGCACCCGGAGCUGCUCUACCUCCACGUCUUUAAUGUCACUCAGGCCACCUCGAUCAAGCGCAUGCAGACGCACGCGCGGUCUCGGUUUGGUGCCCUCACCCACCGGUAUUCGCACCUGCGCAUUGUCAUUAGGCAGAAGCGCAAGGAGACCCGCGAGGAUAUCCAUGCCCGGGUUAUUGAGCGCGCGCGCACUCGCGACUACUCUCGUCCUCGCAUCUUCAACGACUUCUACCGCCGCAUCGACUAAAGCGCGUGCGCACGCGCGAGGCAUAGGCGUGGGUCCGGACUGUUUGCGGCACAUUGGUGCCCUUGGCUCUGUCCACCUGUCGAUGCGCACACACGUGCAUCCCCACGCGCUCACCUGCACGCACGCACGCACGCACACACAC